CUGGGAACCCCUGCAGAGCGUGGGGAGGGGGACACGACGUGCAGGAGGUCGUGACAGAGGAGAAGGGAGAUAGAAGCGGAAAACACGACUACUGCAGGGGGGAGGGGGAUCCUGCAGCCCUGCAGGUCCCAGGGGUGCCGCUUCCCGGGAGCCAGAGAUCAGCCAGUCCUCUAAUGGGGCUGUCAUGACCUGCGUGGAAACGACGCGGCACCACGCCCCCCGGCGCCGGCGGGGGGUUCGUGGGCUGCUAGAAAAGCAGGCGGCGGGACAGGGAGCGCUCAGAGGGACCCAGAGUCCGGACCUGCUGCCGACCCGCCGGACCGCUCCACCGAACCAUGCUGCGCGACACCGAGCAACAACUGCGCCAGAUCCAAGAUCAGCUGCGCGCCUUCCGCAGUGAUCCAGAGUCCUGCAUCCCGAUGAAGCAGAGAGGAAGUCCGUAUGAGAGGAUCCAGAGAGAUGGGGAGGUCACCAAGCCUCAGACAUGGUCGCGUCCCCGGCCCGUCCACCGGGUCUUCACCAACACCCGGGAACGCUGGCGGCAGCAGAACGUCAACGGGGCGUUCGCCGAGCUGCGGAGCCUCGUCCCCACGCACCCACCCGACAGGAAGCUGAGCAAGAACGAGAUCCUGCGCCACGCCCUGCGGUACAUCACCUUCCUGGACCGGCUCCUGACCGACCAGGACCACAAGAUGGCCCCCGGGGGCCGAGCCGGGAGCCUGGGGGACGACGAACCGCAGGGGCCGCUCUCACCCGCCUGCAGCUGGACUCAGAGCUCAGAGGACGCAGAUUCUGACGGUCUGUCGGAGGAGCGGAGCCGGCCGCACCUCUACCUGCCCUCCAGGUGCAGCUAAGCGGCGGUGGGACUGAACCCAGGAGCCGUCCCAGUGGGGGGCCACUUCUACGGCGUUCUGCUGUUUGUGUUUUACAUUUAAGACUUUUAUUGUGGUUGGAGGGUUAAUACCAGAGUUUCUGUGACGUUAAUGUCAAAAAAAAAAAAA